AGGAAAGAACUUAAAUCCAUCCUGUUACAAACUAAGAUCACAGCAGCAAGACUCCUAAGCAAGGUCUUCACACGGAUUGACACUUUUGAGCCAAAUGGAGAAAUCCAACCACAGUGCAAGGAUCCAGGUUACUGAAUUUAUUCUUUUGGGACUCAUCAACAGCCCAGACCUCAAAGCACCACUCUUUGGAAUAUUUUUAAUCAUAUAUUUGGUAACACUGAUGGGCAAUCUGGGCAUGGUUAUUCUGACUCAUGUAGACUCAAAACUACAUACGCCUAUGUACUUUUUCCUGAGACAUUUAUCAAUCACGGAUCUUGGUUACUCUACAGUUAUUGGUCCAAAAAUGAUGGUAAAUUUUGUUAUGCAGCAGAAUAUCAUUUCCUACAUAGGGUGUGCUGUGCAACUGACAUUCUUUGAGAUUUUCAUCAUUACUGAACUGUUUAUCCUCUCAGCCAUGGCAUACGACCGCUAUGUAGCCAUCUGCAAACCUCUUGUCUAUGUGAUCAUCAUGGCAGGAAGAGUACGUUGGGGGCUGGUACUGGUACCCUAUCUCUACAGCACAUUUGUGUCCUUACUUCUCACAGUUAAGUUAUUCACACUGUCCUUUUGUGACUCUAACAUCAUCAGUUACUUUUACUGUGACUGUAUCCCUCUGAUAUCUCUGCUCUGUUCUGACACACAUGAAUUAGAACUCAUCAUUUUAGUUUUCUCGGGCUGCAAUUUACUCUCCUCCCUCCUCAUUGUGCUCAUAUCUUACAUGUUCAUUUUUGUGACAAUUCUCAGGAUGAACUCCAAGGAAGGGAGGUCCAAAGCCUUCUCCACAUGCAGCUCUCAUCUAACAGUAGUGGUUGUGUUCUAUGGAACACUGCUGUUUAUUUACCUGCAACCCAAAUCCAGCCAUACUUUUGAAAUUGAUAAAAUGGCCUCUGUGUUUUAUACACUAGUCAUUCCUAUGCUCAAUCCAUUGAUCUACAGCCUAAGAAACAAAGAAGUAAAAGAGGCCCUUAAGAGAACUCUUACUCAUGGACUCAGAAUCCGCACUUAA